AUGUCAAUCAAUGGAACUGGUGACAGAUAUGCAACUGAAUGGGAGGUGUUUGAAGUUCCAAUGUUGGGCAGUUCAAGCCAAGGUGUGCCUGUUGAAAAUGCACACAGAAACGCAGGCAUGGCUUCUGCAACAGAUGUCUCCAAUCUGUCUCUGAUAUCGCUAUUUGAUGUUGUUUGGUCUGUUCGGGGGCAGAUAGAGACUUUCAGAGAGUGUGUGGAGAAGCUAUUUGAUGUUGUGGGCACGCUCUCCUCUCGAAUGAAUGUUGUAAUCGAGGCCACAAUUGGCACCAAGAAGUCUAGCAGGGCUUUAAAAAGCCACAAGCCUCUAUAUCGUGAAAACUUUCUAGGCAUGCACUUCUGGCACAAGUCUAUAUGGAAGGAGUCAAAAGAUGUGCAACCAAGCCAGAGCAACUCCAAGGAAGACAAGAAGAAUUGGUCAAAGAGCCAGGCUGAAUAUAAGAACCUUGGCUUCUUCAAGUGGGAGUCAGGUCAGGUGUUCUUGAUAGGAGAGAGAGCUGCAGUCGCUAAUGUUGCGAGGUGCACCUUCCGUGAACUUGAUCACUCCAAAGUGAUGGCACCGCCAGCAACAUGGAUGGGCCUUGCACUUGAUUACCAUCGUGAAAUAGUCUUUAGUGCACUCUACAACAACUAUCCUGUUAUUGCCAACUGCACCGACGACUGGAAGGCAGACCAACACCACUCAUGGCCCAAAAGGUGGGCUGCCCAAAUGCCAACAGCCCGUAGCAUCAAGAAGGAAGCUCGUAGUGUCAGCAUUGUGGCCGAGGAAGAUAGAGUCAAUCCAAUGCCAGAAAUUGAGGUCGACAAAGGUGAACCCAAUGUAGGCCACGACGAGAAUACUGAUCCUGCACCUCUGUUGCCUGGCAGCAUGCAGAAGUGA